ACGACAUUGACGCUGUUCCCAGUCGUUGUUACUGUAGUUUAGCUGUGUCGACUCUAAUCGACCACCGGCAAUCGCUCGAACGCUUGAAUCUCAUGCUAGCACAGACUCUAAAGCUAAACUCUCCUCUACUAGUCUUUUGGUCGUCGUCGCCGUCACUGUAUUCAUCGUCGCUCGGCUCGUGUAAUAGCCAGCGUCAUGUGUGAAUUUAUUCUUGGAACUGACGGAGAACCAAUCGGGCGUGCGUGCGCUUUACACGGAAAGUCUCUUUUAUAGAUUCCAACGAUCUCGAGUCGUAGCGUAGCUACCGUGGCCGCGGCUAUUGCACCACACAAAUCUGCCCAUGUCUCCCAGUUGCACGCUGAAUCCCAAUCGAACUUAAUGGUGAGCUCUACGACGGAGAAUCAAUUACUGUGCCGCCCGUGAUACGCGAGGUACAAGAAGCCUCCCCAGACUUCAGAUCAGCGCCAUUUAAAAAAAGAAACAUAUGAAUAAAGCAGGUGCGAGGUGCGACGCGACGUGAAGUGUUGUGUACAUUUUGUUUAAACAAAUAAAACUCUAUAGAUAGAGAUUACACUUAUUUGUUUAUCUCAUCUAACGGCAAAAAUAAUAACAAUUAAUUUCACAAAGAGCUGAGAAAAAAUAAUUAUUAAAAAUAGAAUUUUGAGCAUUUUUUGUUUGCUACUACGAAUAGUGUACAGCUCGUGCGGUACUUGUACUUGAUGUGUCGGCAACAUUGCGGCCUUAAAUCUUUCGUUUAGUUCGGAAUUUAAUUUCGCUGCCAGGUUAUUUUUUUUUUGUUUUAAUUCACUGUUUUAUCACGAAAUAAAAGUGAAAAUCCCAAAUAAUCACAUGCGAUUAAAUAUUGAAUAUUUUAAUUAUGAACAACACGUAUGUUGCUGCAUCAUUGUUGCAUUGGUUCAAUGAGUGAUCGUGAGCAGAGGAUCAUCAACACCACGCGAGUAAUUAAAGAAAGAAAAAGUUAAUGCACUUAAAAUUUUAAUAAAAAUUAAAUAAAUUUAACAAAAAACAAAAUCUCCUUCAAUAAGGCCACUUACCUACAUCUAACUCGUAUAGUAGAAUAACAACCCCUCAAAUGCAUCAUCACUAUCGUCGUAAGAGGCUUAAAGGUCUGGCGGCCACAGCUGAUGACAAAUUAAGCAAACGUCAACACUUUGUGUUGACCAUUCUGUAUUGUUUAGUUGUCGAAGUCUACACAUAUUUUCUACUAUUUUACAACCACCUGAAGAAGCUAAGAAGUGGGAGUGAAUUAUAAUCGGAUUUCGUGGUAUUUUGUUUCGGGUCUAGGAAUACAAACCUAACCUACCUACUUUGCCUGCCUACUGGCAGCUGUCAGUUUUGCUUUUGUUUUUCGAACUGCUGUCAGGUGGGUGGCUAGAUACAAAUGUAGUUGUUGUCUCGCAUCCUCUUGACCCAUUAUCAUUAUUUUCAUCAUGAACAAAUUACGAUCGGGCGGAAAGUACAAAACCAAUCCAGAUGGCAGCAGCAGUGGCCUCUUCAACAAGAUCACGAAGCGCUACUCAACACUCAGCAACAAAAUCAUCAAGCGGCAAUCCCCCGGCCGAUCAGGAGUAUCCCCAGCUAAAGUUAUUUCGGGCAGCUAUAAUAUGACUGGUUUGAAUUCUGAAGAUCAUCGUUUGGAAAUUGGUGAACCAGUUCUUAUAUCGACGACAACGAUCAAUGCAGAUCGUUUGGAAGACAUGAAUGGCCGAUACAAAACUCUACCAAUCAACGAUCCACAUCCAGGCUCUUCGGGCAGUGAGAAUGAGGUGUUUGUUGAUGCGGUGGAUAGCAUUUCGGCAUUGCCAGAUAUAAAAUUUGAAUUUCAAGAAAGGUCACCAAUCACAACUGGCAAAGAAUCAUCGCCAGAAGCCAAUGACACCACCGUUUCGACGGCAGAUCUAAACGAUGUCAUGGAGAAUUAUUACGAAACACCCAAGACCAGGAAGCCCCUGAAGAAGAGCCAUUCGAAAUCCGUACAAAGCCUUCAUAGAUCCGAAAUCAAAGUGUUUCUUCGGAAAGCUCCAUCGUUAGAAAUAAAUAAGAAACUUGCGAAACAAUUGGAUGAGUCUAAUGAGGAGGAUAAGGAAAAUGCCAGGCCAGUUCUGAGCAAGAGUGAGCCGAAUACUCCACUCAAUCCGGAAAAAGCUAUUUUGGCACCUGCUCAUCACUACCAGAGUGCUGAUUCCAUAAAUGUUGCUUUGAAGAAAAAUCGAAGAAGCACCAAUUUCGCCAGUAACAUAAGCAUCAACAAUCAUGGCAGCAAAGAUAGCAUAGCCUGUGAUAGUUCUAUAGAAAAUUUCGACAUGAAAUCAGUCAGCUGUCAAUCGUUGACCGCACAAAAUCUCUUCAUUUCCAUCGAUGAACUUAACGAAAUCACCCGGCAAAUUAACGAAUCUGAAGAAUUCAACAAAGAAAUCGACUUUGAGUAUUGUACUCAUCGGGACAAUCUAAAGCCCAGUGAAAGGAGGAUUACGCUGAUGAAGAAUAAAAACUCUCGCUUGAUCAGUUUCAAUCAGAACAAAGAGAAGAUCAAUAAUGCUUGGAGUGGUCUGAAGCAUUGGAUCGGAGAAGAAAGUUGUAAGUUCAAGGAAGUUGUUCAGAAACAGGCAGCAACACAAAGGGUGGGUCAUAAUUUUUCGGCAGACUCAAAGGUAUCACCAAUUCGAGGUGGGAGAGCGGAAUCGUUGGAAAGAACUCAUGAUUCAGACUCUAUUGCGGCAUCUUCAUUGUUUUUGCCUCAACUUAGUGCUCUUAAUGCAUCGACUAUUAUCGGGACGGAUAAUGAUGAUUUGGACUCUUCGGUGACAGCUACCCAGCAUCAUGGAGAGAUUUCGCCAUUUUCGAAGAAAUCAAGACUCAAAGAGAAAUGGGAGGGUCAGAAUGGAUUUGAAGAGUUGCGCCGAUACAUCAAACAAGGUGGUGACUUUGGAAAGGAACUUAUACUCAUACUUCAAGAAAGAGUCGAAUCUGAGCAAUUAUAUUCGAAAUCACUUUCGAAAAUGGCCACAAAACUCAACAAAGCCUGUCGUGAGUUACCCGGCAGCAUUGCUGAUGCCUGGCGUGGUGUUGCUAACGAAAUGGAGAGCCGCAGCGAAAUUCACAGACAAUUAUCAAGUUCAUUAGUAGACGAACUGGUCAAGCCAUUAAAAACUCUCAUCGAAAAUCAUCACAAAACAAGAAAAUCAGUUGAAAACAAUGUUGAUAAGAGUUCUCGCGUGCUUGCCGAAUGGAGAAUAAGCGAGGCUAAAGGUAAAAAAACCUCUCACACAGCUGCUCGUGAAAACGAAAAACUCCAAGAUGGAAUGCUCGAUGUUCGAAUACAAAAAUCACCGUCCAUUGCACUGUUGCAUCAGGGUCCAAAUAAAGUAGCUGCCGAAAAAGAAAUCAAAUCUGCCGAAAAAGACUGCGCUAAAUUAGACAAUAAACGUCGCAAAGCCGAAGAAGCUGUCAAACGUGCUGACGUUGAGUAUUAUACACUUUGUGUUCGUGCUGAACGUGCCCGUGUCGAUUGGGAGAUGUCAGUGUUGCGAGGAUCUUCACUUUUGCAAAAUGUCGAAACUCAACGAUUGGCAAGCAUGAAAAUGUUCGUAACAAAUUAUCUCAGACUAACGGCAAAUAUGAAUCCGAUUUUGGAUGGACUUGUUCAGCGACUAACACCCACAGUAGAAUCGUGUAAUGUCCAAAAAGAUUUAAGUGUGAUAAAAAACAUCAGACGAAUUGCUGAAGGUCCAAGUGAACAGCUAUUGCCUGAUUUCUAUUGUGAACAUACCACAUUGGCUAUGAAUAGAGAGAGAAGGAAGCAUGCGUUGAUAAAAUUAUUGCAACUUGUCAAAACCGAUUUGGAAAGGGAGCGUAGAUCUAGGAAUGGAUUAAAAGUUAUUUCAGAUUCGUUAAAUAAUUCGGAUAAUCAAAAUAUCACAGACAAAUUGUAUCAUAUUCGAUCAAUGUUGACAUAUCUAGAGGGAGCACGUUUUAAGCUUCAUUCAGCAUUGCUGGAAUUGGAUCACAAACCAAGGAACUCACAUCCACUAGCCCAACACAUACAGAUUACCCGUGAUCGAACAGGCCUCCAACAGAGCAUUCUUAAAGUUCCCCUAUGGCUGAAGAACAACGAUAAAGUCAACAGUCCUGACAGUCGUGACAAUGAAUACGAUGCAGUAAACGAAGAGAAUGGCAGUUGCUCCGAUGUGAAGAAUGACAUUUUAGUCAAACAUUUCCAGCGAAGUCAAAGUAAUCUCGAAACUAUAAGCAACAAUGGAUCCAACCAAAUCUGUGUUGGCGAGAAGGCCAACACCAUCCCGACAACAGUUCUGGAUAGUUCGUUCUUCGAUCGAGGCAUUGCCGAUGGUGGAUCAAAUCAACCUGACUCAGAUUUUGAUGAGUUCAGUUCUCAAGAUGGCGACGAUCAUGAGGAUGAAGUUAAAUCAAAACCCAUUAAUGGAGUGGCAGUUCCUCUGACCAAUGGACAUGGACAAUCAGCACCCACAGAUGAUACGUCUGCCACCGUUUCUGCCACCAAUGACACAGAAGAUGAAGUAAAUAACUGUCAUUCGGUGGUGAUAAGUCGAUGCAAGGCUCUUUAUAGCUACACACCAAAACUGUACGAUGAACUCGAACUGAAUCCUGGCGAUAUCAUCGAAGUGCAUGUUAAGCAAGAAGAUGGCUGGUGGUUAGGGGCACUACGGAACAAUGUCGGAAUCUUCCCUGCCACAUACGUAGAGGAAUUCACCCAAGACUGAUUUUAAAUGGGGCAAGGGAAUUCUUGUGGCUAAUAUCAAAUGAAGCUCGAUUGUCUUCCAUGUUACUGCCUUUUUUUAAGUAAAAGAAAAAGAUACAAAAAUGGUUCAUCAAGUAAAUUGACCUUUCUUGUUAUAAUUUUUUUAAUUUUAUUUUUAUAUUUUUAUUGACAUCCGAAAUCGAAUUGAAUUCGAAAAUUGUUUUUAUUUUUUUCAAAAUUAUUUAUGUGAUGAAAUGCACUUAUACAUGAAAUUUUAUUCUUUAUUUAAAUUAAAAAUAAUACAUUUGGUAAGUUUAAAUUAAAAAAAACAAGAAUGGAAUAAUUGCAAAAAAUGAAAAGAUUCAAAUUUAGAAUAUAGUCUUUGUUAAACUAGUUUGUAAUCAUUGUGAAUCAUAGAUUAAUCGCAAAUUAUAAUUAAUAAUAUCUAUUUAAUAAUACUUUUAUGAAAGAAAAACUUAUACGUUUUCUUUUUCAACCCCAAAUCAAAUGUACAUAAAUAGAAUUAACACAUUUAUUUAAAAAUAUAACUUUAAACAAACAAAA